GACCAAAGGCCGGGCCGUGGGUGGCUUUCCCCGCGGGAAUUCCGGGCCUGGGUCGCAAGAGGCGGUGUGGGGGCGGAACCUGCGGGCUGCGAGGCGCCCUGGAGGAGGCGGGGGCCUCGGGGCGGCCAGAGCCGCAGGAGGACGAGGAGGAUGAGGAAGAGGCACUGCCGCACUCCGAGGCGGUGGACGUUUUCCAGGAGGGUCUGGCCAUGGUGGUGCAGGACCCGCUGCUCUGCGACCUUCCGAUCCAGGUUACUUUGGAAGAAGUCAAUUCCCAAAUAGCCCUCGAAUACGGCCAAGCGAUGACAGUCCGAGUGUGCAAGACCGAUGGAGAAGUCAUGCCUGUGGUUGUCGUCCAGAACGCCACAGUCCUGGACCUGAAGAAAGCCAUCCAGAGAUACGUGCAGCUCAGGCAGGAGCGAGAAGGAGGCGUUCAGCACAUCAGCUGGUCCUAUGUGUGGAGGACGUACCACCUGAUGGCCGCGGGAGAGAAGCUCACAGAGGACCAGAAGAAGCUCCGAGAGUCCCGGGUGCGGGGUCUCCACAGCGACUUUCCUUCUCUCUCAGUUACGGCAUCCGGAACCGGGAUGAGGUAUCUUUCAUCAAAAAGCUGCGACAGAAGUGAGUCUCCAGACAGGGACGCCUGCUGUGCUGGCGGCCAGGCUCGUCCCCAGCAGGACACCAUGGGCCACUCACUGUGCCCUUUUCCCAGAGGAGUAUGGAGAUCGCCUUACGCCAGCUGGAGCUGGCUGGACGGUCAAGGUGAACCCCGACGGCGUGGCCGAUCCCACGGGGCUGUGGGCUUGGCCCUGUGUACCGAAUAAACCUAUUUACUUCUUCGUUUGCAAA